CGUCAAUUGAAGGUUGAACUCGAAGCUGAGUCGAAGCCUAAAGCCCUACUCGGCUCCACUACAUUCGAGCAACUUGCCCCCAGCCCUGAGCAGCUAUGGCUGACCGAAGUAAAGACGCCCCUCCGCCCCCGGAACAGGUCGCGCAUGAGUUGAAGGAGGACCUGGGCGAGGAGAGCGACGAGUACGACGAUAUUGUGGAAGAGGAGGAGGAGGAAGCAGGCGGAUUUGAGGACGACGAAGAAGACGGAGAAGACGCGGACGGGGAAGCGGAUCCCCAGCAGAGACAAGGCAGCCUUACUGCUCUCCUCCUCGGCGGGGAGAACGGUAACGCCGCUGGCGAAGAGGAGGAGGAGGAAGACGACGAAGAGUACGAGGAGGAAGUUAACAAGGAAGAGUACAUCCCCGCCGACGGGAAGCUGCCCCCAUCUCUCAGUGGGACCACUCCCAGCACCGCAGUGAAGAGAUCGAGAGGUGAGAUCGACGAGGACGAGGGGCCCGGCGUCGUAGGCACCGGCGACAGCGUCGGGGACGAAGGUCUCGAGGAAGAGGGUGGCGACGACGAGCAGGGUGCGAAGCGGCUGAAAGUGUAACAUUGAUGCGGAUUCGGACAUUUUGUGUGCGUGCUGAGUUGUCUCGUCCGAUCGUGCGUGCUCCGUUUGUUACCUUAUUCAUCUUCAUCAUUGCCCCCUCUGUUGUUGUGUUUGUGAACAUAAAAUUAUGAAUAUAUUAUCAGGAUACCAUCAUCU